CCGAUACUAGUUUCGGUAGGGUUCUUUUGCAGUGCGGAGAUCACGUCAGAUUGUCAAGCAAAGCCUUAGGCCCUUAAGUAACACCGGGGUUGCUUGCGAAGCAGAGCUGAUGCAGUGAUGGCCCGAAUCUUGACUCGAUCAGAAGGAGAAUCUGCGAAGGUCAAUGGACGCCGUUGCGCUUUCUGCCGGCAAGACCAACAGAGACCUCUCGCAUGGCGGGCGUCGCUUACUUGCAGGAUGUGCGUUCUGACUCUGUGGGCCAGUCUCGCAGGCACACCAGAGCAGAGGAACGGCCGUCAGAUGCUGAGAGGGCGAGGGCGAGGGCGAGAGCUUCCCAAGUCUCAAAGCACCGUGCAUCCGUGCUACUGUAGGCAAGGUGUGGAAGCCGACGGGCCAAAGUCAGAGCCUCGUGGCCGCGCGCCGCUCACAAAGUUCACACAGGUCGAGAGAUCAAAGCUUGGAUGCCGGACUGUCGACACCGCCCAGACAGACCAGACUCAUCCAUGCAGGGUUCCGAGUGUGCGGAUUGUGCGCGUGAUUGGGAGAAAAAAAUUCGCACGAUACACUACGUCUCCGCGAGGUGUUUCCGCAUCGUCGAGAUUCUGUUGUUCUGCGCUCAGGGAGUUGAGUUGGGGAUGGGACCCAGGAGGUUUUUUGACGUGUGCGCUUCUGUUCAUGCAGCGGGUUGAUCGCCUGAGCUAGAUCGAAGUCGGAUAGGAGAGGUUACACAGGACAUGCCUUAAUUCAACGGUCGAGGUCGUCAGACUCAGCCAUUGCCCUGAAUUGCUCACCUCCCAUCCACCGAAC